AUGGCGGCGUCGACUUCGCAACAGGAGUAUAAGGAUAGGCAGUUUCUCGCCGUGAUUGGAGAUGAGGACUCGGUGACUGGCUUGCUGCUUGCGGGCAUCGGUCAUGUAACAUCAGGUGCAGACGCGCAGAAGAACUUCCUCGUCGUGGACAACAAGACCGACAACGCAACGAUAGAGUCUACAUUUGACAAGUUCAUCGAGCGCAAGGACAUCGCCAUCAUCCUGAUCAACCAGCAUGUCGCCGACAAGAUACGCCACCGCAUCGACACCUACACCGCAGCCUUCCCUACCAUAUUGGAGAUACCCAGCAAAGAUCAUCCAUAUGACCCAGAGAAAGAUAGUGUGUUGAGGAGAGUCCGCCGCCUCUUUGGAGAGUAG